UGUGUUACUGGGCAACAGUUGGUCCAACUCUUCCCCAUCGCGAUGGAGCUGGCUUCCUCAAUCAUUGACCGAAGCCAUGAUUCAUUUGCCUGUCUUGCAUGCUUCCUCGUUGCGUCCCACCCGGAGAUUAAUUCCAUUACCUGCAUUAAUGGUUUGGUCAUCAGCCGUUUCGGGAUCCCGCCCGCUGGAGGAUUCAGCUGAAGUUUCAGUACGGAGGAGGGCGGUGUGUGUCUGUGUGUGUGUCCGAGCCGCGUUCUUUGCAUCAGGGUAUGCUCAUUGCUGCUUUAUUGGAAUAUGAGAAUAAAUGGUGUAGUGUAUUAAGUCUUGAGCGGUGAUGUCACAAGUAGCGAUUCGGUUACACAACUGGUGGAGCCAUUGACCUGAUAAAACAAUCGCAUUAGAGUGGGUUGACGAUCAGGUUCAGCAAUGGGACGGGGUCAGCAGAUGAGUACUCAUGUAGAAAACGAAGAGGAGGAGAAGAUCCACACGACUCAUUUUCGAAGUACGGCGUGGCCGAGGAAGUUGGUUUGUGUGGUGGGGUUAUUUGUGGCUCUCUUCCUCUUCGCAAUUGUGCGCUCUUACUCCUCCGAUACUAAUCCAGAAGUUCCUUUGAAGAUCACCGAGUUCUUCGAAGGGCAGCCAGCACCAGACGCUCUCCAUGAAGGGCCUUUCAUGGAGGAUGUCCCAUACUCCACCGUGAUCAUGGUCAAUCAAACUGACCACGAAGAAACAGAACCAGAAAGUAGCAACGAGAAUUCUAGGUUUCCUACUUUCGACAGUUCAGCAGGUAAUAAGGCCAGUGCAGCUGGAAAGGAAGAAGCUUGGGCGCCCAACUUAGAGACUGACAACACAAAUUCAAAGGAGUUUGACAUCAAAUCCUUGAAGGUUUCUGCAAAUGAUACCUCAUCUUAUCUCAAGAAUGUAACAGGACAUGAGGAUAAUGCUCCAAAUAACAGAGAUUUGGAGGUCCCAUCCGAAAGCCCUUCACCGGCAGUGACUCUCUUUUCUGAGCGCAGCGAUAAUGUAUUUAAGGAGAGCUAUGAAAACUUUACAAAGGAAGCUGAAGCACCUGUGCCUACACCAUCACAGACAUCGCAGAAAGAAAACUCUGAACGUGUGAUUGUGUUGGAGGAGACACAGGCGCCAUCUACAUCCCUCAAUACCUCUAAUUCUACUGCUUCUGAAGGGGAAUGUGAUCUAGCGCUAGGCAAAUGGAUUCCGUACUCUCGCCCUCCGCAGUACAAUAGCAGCACUUGCAAGACUAUUCAAGGCCAUCAGAACUGCGAGAAGAAUGGCAGGCCAGACACUGGAUAUUUGUACUGGAAGUGGAAACCUGACCUCUGUGAGCUGCCGAGAAUUGACCCUGCAAAAUUCUUGAAUGCUAUGCGCAAUCGGUCCAUAGUCUUUGCUGGAGACUCCAUCGCCCGCAACCAGUUCCAGUCUCUCCUUUGUGUACUUUCACAGGUGGAGGAUCCAAGGCGUACUUUCCACACACAGGACGACAAGAACAAUGCAUACCUCUUUCAGUCAUUCAACGUUUCAUUGGGGAUAUACUGGUCACCCUAUCUAGUGCGCAUGGAGGACAAGUCGAUCACCUGGUCUGACAACUCUACAGACACGGUGACGCACAUCUAUUUCGACGAGCUUGAUAAAAAUUGGUUAAAUGCUGCAGUUGGUGCUGAUAUUCUACAUCUAUCAACAGGUCAAUGGUGGUACAAGAGGGCAAUGUACUUCGAAGGAGGCAAAGCUAUAGGUUGCCACGCAUGGCCAGCCUGUUUUAAGCAAAUUGGGUUCGCAAUGCCUUACGAAAAAGCCCUCGCUUACAUUCUUAAGGGGAGCUUGUCAAUACCUGGAUACCACGGCACCACAGUCUACCGAUCCUUUGGACCUGAGCAUUUCGAGCAUGGAGAUUGGAACCAUGGCGGAAAAUGCAAUCGUACUGCCCCGGGAGGCGUACCCACCAGCUUUUUGACGGGGUGGAUGUACAACAUUCAGGUCAAACAGUUCAAGAAAGUUGCAGAGGAGCUUGAUGAAGCGGCUAAGGGCCGGCUCAGAGUGCUGCGCAUAACUGGGCUUGCACAAAUUCGAGCAGAUGGACAUCCCAAUAAGUACCGGUCAAAAGAUGACAAGAAAUUCGACAGCCAAAACCUCAAUGUCGUCAGGAACGACUGUCUCCACUGGUGUCUCCCAGGGCCCAUCGACACAUGGAACGACCUUCUUGUGGAGUCUCUUCGUGACAUUAUCUUCAAGUGAGAAGCUCAACACUCGGCGGUACUUCGAAAAUCGCAGGUAGCUUGAGAACCUGCACAGCGUGCUAUUGACGUGAGAGAAGCCAGAUUAUGGUGAAGAGCGAGCAUUUCUUCUACUCUAGAACUUCAAUCGCACAUCCCCUUCGAUUCUCAAGGAAUCUGUCUCGGCAUUUCGUCUCUGCAAAAGCACAUCUCGUAACAUGUGCACAUUCAACGCACUGUUCAGAACCAACGAUGAUGGAGAUGCCGAAGAUGAGAAUUCUCAUUAAAAGCUAGAGAAGUCACGAAGAUUCUGAAUCACAUGCGAAAUCAAAACCGGCACUUUUAUCAGUCGCUGCAAAAGUGGAACAGAAGAUGAGCGAAAACAGCAACAAGAGCUUAUUGUAAGAUCAUGAAGUUCGUGAAGGAAACAGUUCGAAAAGUACAUCCGGCCAUAGUAAAAAAAAAUAGGAAUAUGGGAGCAUAGUAUUGAUGUAUGGUAAAGAAUUCAUUGCAAAUUCCAAGAUGCUUGGUAUCUAUGACGCUUUAUGUCGUUCUUGGCAAUGUACCCAGGAUAGGAAAAUUGAGGUUGACUGAUGCUUUUCAAUUAAAAUAAACCAGGUAUGGACAAUUCAAGUUCAUUGUUUUAUUUCUA